AUGUCUUUCUACUUUGUAGAUUUAAGAUCCAUGAACAGAUCAGCAACACACGUUGUGACUGAGUUUGUUCUCCUGGGAUUCCCUGGCUGCUGGGAGAUACAGAUUUUCCUCUUCUCAUUGUUUUUGGUGAUUUAUGUCUUGACCUUGCUGGGAAAUGGAGCCAUCAUCUGUGCAGUUAGAUGUGACCCACGACUACACACCCCCAUGUACUUUCUGCUGGGAAACUUUGCCUUCCUCGAGAUCUGGUAUGUUUCCUCCACUGUUCCUAACAUGCUAGCCGACAUUGUCUCCAACACCAAGGCCAUCACAUUUUCUGGGUGCUUCCUCCAGUUCUACUUCUUCUUUUCACUGGGCACAACUGAAUGUCUCUUCUUGGCAGUAAUGGCUUAUGAUCGGUACCUGGCCAUCUGUCGCCCACUGCACUACCCAACCAUCAUGACUGGGAGGCUCUGUGGCAUGCUGAUAUCUUUCUGCUGGAUCAUUGGAUUUCUCGGAUAUCCAAUCCCAAUUUUCUUCAUCUCCCAACUUCCCUUCUGUGGUCCUAAUAUCAUAGACCACUUCUUGUGUGACAUGGACUCAUUGAUGGCUCUGUCCUGUGCCCCAGCUCCCAUUACUGAAUUUGUUUUCUAUACUCAGAGCUCCCUUGUCCUCUUUUUCACUAUCAUAUACAUUCUUCGAUCCUACAUCCUGCUGCUCAGAGCUGUUUUUCAGGUCCCUUCUGCAGCUGGCCAGAGAAAGGCCUUCUCUACCUGUGGUUCUCAUUUAGUUGUGGUGUCUCUUUUCUAUGGGACAGUCAUGGUAAUGUAUGUGAGUCCUACAUAUGGUAUACCAAUUUUGAUGCAGAAGAUCCUCACACUGGUAUAUUCAGUAAUGACUCCUCUCAUUAAUCCCCUGAUCUAUAGUCUUCGUAAUAAGGACAUGAAACUUGCCCUGAGAAAUGUCCUGUUUGAAAUGAAAAUUAGUCAAAAUUCAUGA